AGUAUAGUUUUUUUUUUCUUUCCGAUUUGAUUGUUUCUCUGGUGAGAUGAUCUAGUUUCUAUUUUCGGAUUGUUCCUCAAAUGAUGGCUACUCUCAAGGGUUUUGGAUGCGAUGGAUUCAUUUGGGUGAGACUUUUGAGAAGUAAAAGGGGAUUCUUUUGAGUUCUGCUACUCUGUUUCACACGUUGCUUUAGAAUCUUAAAGAGGUUACUUUUCAGUUAGAAUCAUUCACAACAGGGCUUUGCUAUUUGGAGGGGAUCAAAGAUGGUUUCUUUGUUACACUAGAGAGGGAUUUGAAGCAGCGGAGAAAGCUGCUAAGAUCCGGUUCUGAUGGAUACAAAUACAUCCGGAGAUGAGUUAUUAACCAAGGCAAGAAAGCCGUAUACUAUUACAAAGCAGCGGGAACGAUGGACAGAGGAUGAGCAUGAUAGGUUUCUUGAAGCCUUGAGGCUUUAUGGAAGGGCCUGGCAACGUAUAGAAGAACAUAUUGGGACAAAGACUGCUGUUCAGAUCAGAAGUCAUGCACAAAAGUUCUUCACAAAGCUGGAGAAAGAGGCAGAAGCUAAAGGCAUUCCUGUUUGUCAAGCUCUCAACAUAGAGAUCCCACCUCCUCGUCCUAAAAGGAAACCCAAUACUCCUUAUCCUCGUAAACCUGGCAACAAUGGCCCAUCAGCAAAACUUGUAUCCUCAGCCUCUUCUUCACAAUGUAACCAGGCUUUCUUGGAUUUGGAAACAGUGCCCAUCUCUGAGGAAACAUCAAAUGGGAAAGAAAAUCAAGAUGAUAACUGCUCAGGGGUUUCUACUGUAAACAAAUGUCCCUUACCAAAGAAAGUUACUCAACCGUCUCUAAGAAAGGAAAGUGCCGAUAAUGGAACAAGUAAGGCGUCAAAUGUGAACACUCAGUUUCAUCCCCCAGGUAUGGUCUCUCAAGACUUGAUGUUUUGUCCUAUGGGAGAUCGUGUUCACGGGCACGUGAAUCUUCCAGCUACCACAACAUCAUCUGCUACUACAACUACUUCUCAACAGGCGUUUCCUGCGUGCCCUUCCCACGAUUCGUUUCUCCACUUCUCCUCUACUUUCCCCAAUCUCAUUAUCUCAAGCCUCCUACAGAAUCCUGCAGCUCAUGCCGCAGCCACAUUCGCUGCUUCGGUCUGGCCCUAUUCCAACGUCGGGAACUCGGGAGGAGAUUCAUCAACGCAAAUGAGCUCCUCUCCUCCAAGUAUAGCUGCCAUCGCUGCUGCUACGGUAGCUGCUGCAACUGCUUGGUGGGCUUCUCAUGGACUUAUUCCUGUAUGUGCUCCUCCUGCUCCAGUCACUUGCCUUCCAUUACCAACCUUUGCAGUUCCAACUCCAGCUAUGGAUAAAAUGGAUACCGUUGAAAAUGAUCAACUACCGCUGGAGAAACAAAACACAGCUCUGCAAGAUAAAAAAAUGGCUUCAAAAUCUCCAGCUUCAUCAUCCGACGAUUCAGAAGAGACUGGAGUAACCAAGCUAAACGCUGGCUCAAAGACAAAUGGUGACAAGGAGGAAGUUGUUGUUGAUGCUGCUGCUGCUGCUGCUGCUUUGCAUGAUCCAAACGCUUCCCCAAAGAAAAAGCUGGUGGACCGCUCAUCGUGUGGGUCAAACACACCUUCAGGGAGUGACGCGGAAACAGAUGCCUUAGAUAAGAUGGAGAAAGAUAACGAGGAUGUGAAGGAGGCAGAUGCAAACCAGCAGCCAAGUGUUAUUGAGUUGAGCAACCGUCGGAGUAAAAUCAGAGACAACAACAACAACCAAACUACUGAUUCGUGGAAAGAAGUCUCCCAAGGGGGUCGUAAAGCGUUUCAGGCUCUCUUUGCAAGACAGAGAUUGCCUCAGAGCUUUUCACCUCCUCAAGUGGCUGCAGAGAAUGUGAAUGGGAAGCAAAGUGACACGUCAAUGCCGAUGGCUCCUGAUAUCAACAAGAUUCAAGAUUCUUGUGAUGCAGACCAAGAGAGUGGAGUAGUAAUGAUAGGUGAUGGAACGGGGAAGAGCCUUAAAACGAGACAAUCAGGGUUUAAGCCAUACAAGAGAUGUUCAAUGGAGGCGAAAGAGAGCCAAGAUGGGAACGCAAACAAUGAAAGCGAUGAAAAAGUCUGCAAGAGGAUUCGAUUGGAAGGAGAAGCUUCAACAUAACAACAACAACAAGACUUUUGAGGUAAAAUAAAAAUCUGUUUUUACCAAAUAUCUUUUAAAUCAAGUGUUAGUCAAUGAAAGAGACUUGUUUUUUUUUUUUUUAAUCUUUUAUAGAUCCAUCUGAACGGUUCUUUGUUCAUGUCAAUCCAUGUACCAUAUUACUACUACUACUCCAUCUACAUGUCUUGUCCCUUGUCUCUGUUGUGUUUGUGUCUGCUGCUGUUACUGUUACUGUUAAUUAACCGCGAAGCAAUGGAUCUAUGUUUUGUGUCUGUU